AACUAGAGAUGACCGAUAUUUUUUUGUACCGGCAUCCAAACAAUUUUCCUUAAUCUCUUGUUGAAAAUAUAAUUAUAAUUUGUCUGCUAAUUCGAGGCUGCCAUGGGUGACAAACUUCUAGAUUCGUCACAAAUCAUAAAUGGAUUGGCUGUGAUCUUGUCCUUUUUUGUGGGCUACCGCUAUGCCAUAUCCUAUUCGCCAAAGCGUGAAGAAAGCGAAGCAUGUGCUAAAAUCGACAAUGAGACUGCUGCAGGCAGCAUGGGGCAAGCAACUACCUCCGCAGCAGCGGACAGGAACUUUGCCGGCUACAGUGAAAACUUCAAAAUGGUUCUUGUUGUAAGGAACGACCUGAAGAUGGGAAAGGGAAAAAUUGCUGCCCAAUGUGGUCAUGCCGCGGUUGGUGCCUAUCAGCAGGCUGUUAAAAAGACUCCACGGCUGUUGCGUUCCUGGGAGAACUGCGGCUGCGCUAAGAUUGCAGUACGUGUGGAAAGUGAACCCGAAAUGAUGGCCAUUAAGAAGGCGGCGGAGAAACAGCUGUUAAACACCUGUCUAAUACGAGAUGCAGGACGGACUCAGAUCGCAGCGAACUCCAAAACUGUUUUGGCCAUUGGACCAGCAAAUGCUGUGGAUAUUGAUCUUGUUACUGGCCACUUGAAGCUAUUGUAAGCUACAGACAUUGGCUAUCGAAAAAUUCUCAAAAGCAAUAUGUGACGUAGAAAACAAAAACAUUUACCAUUGUCAUGUUAACGUGAAAAACAAAAUGGAAUUACAAAAAAUACAUAUUAACUUAAAUCAAUCUAUGACAUAUUAGAACUAGAUUAAUUAUGAGUCCAAAAAGAGAAUUUUUUACAUGAAA